AUGGAGAAGACUGAUGGGAUCAUGACACACUCCACUAUGAGGAUUGAUAAAGUUGAGACGGCGGUAGUGGAGGUCACCACAAGAUUGGGGGCCUUAGAGCACCAAGUGAGUCAAAUUGCUCAAGCUGUUGGGCAGAUACAUCAACCAGGGCAAUUCCCAAGUACUACAAUUCCAAAUCCGAAAAAUUGCAAGGCAAUCUACUUGAGGAGUGGGACAAGCUAUGAGAGUCCCCCUAUGCCUGAAAAGGAAGCCUUUGUACAACCCGAAGAAGAGAAAGAAGAUGAGGAGAUAGAGGUGGAAUCACCUAAUACGCCACCCGAGAUUCAUUCCGCAGCAAUUGCUCCUCCCAAGCCAAAAGAGAAGAAGUUAGAUGGGAAGUUUGCAAAAUUCCUUGAGAUCUUCAAGAGGGUGCACCUCAACAUACCUCUCAUUGAGGAACUCCAACAAAUGCCCAGCUAUCUCAAGUUUCUGAAGGAGAUUAUGUCCAAAAAGAAGAAGUUGGUUGAUUACGAAACCGUGAGCUUGACCGAGAAUUCCUUGUAUGAUUUGGGGGCAAGCAUAAAUCUCAUGCCCCUAAGCUUCUUCCGGAAGUUGAAGUUUGGUGUCUUGAAGCCGACCACCAUCACCCUUCAAAUGAUGGACAAAUCCGUCAAGUUCCCCAAUGGACUCCUUGAGAAUGUAUUGGUUAGGGUGAAUGAUUUUAUCUUCCCCGUGGACUUUGUAGUCUUGGAUAUGAAGGAGGAUCCUAAUGUCCCACUCAUUCUUGGAAGGCCAUUCCUUGCAACGGGGAGAGCUCUAAUUGAUGUCACCAAGGGUGAACUCACUUUUAGGCAUGGAAACAAGACGACCAUCCUUUCCAUAUUGGACAAGAUGAAACGCCAUGAAAUAGAAGAAUCCAAAAGAGUGGAAGAGGUGCCUUUGGAGGUAGAAGAGUGCAAGGUGAUGAAUGUUGCAUAUGAGCAAGCUAAGGAUGAUGAGGUUGAGAAGCAUUUGGAGGAAAUUUUGCUCCCCAAUUGGUUCUUUGAGCUUGAGGAUGAAACAAGUUUGGGGGAGAAAAAGAAGGAGGUGCCAAAAUUGGCAAAUGGUGAAUCUCAUGGAGUUGACUUUGGAGAAAAUGACAAGCCUAUUUGGUGA